AUGGGGGCAUGCCUUUGCAAAAGGAAACGAUCAUCUUCAGGACGUAAUGGAAGCGGAAGACAGCACUUCCAUAUUAACGAUAUUAGUGAAGAUGCAUGCAGUGAUGCAGCUCGACAAGUACGAAGACAUCUGGCAUCCCGAACGCAAAUUGUAACUCGUGCAAUUCGAGCACCAUCUUUUCACAGUGUCGACGUUAGCACCGUAGCUACUGAAGACGUUGAAUCUGAUGUAAGAGAUCUGAUAUGGCAAACUUUAAAGAUGAUACGGUACCUGGUAAGCAAUGAUCAGGAGCCACCUACACAAUUGCUGAAACUGAAUUUGAUUGCUGAUAAAGAAGGUGGUUGGAUAAUGGUCGUCAUGUGCCUAAUUGAUGUUAUUCCUAUUGAGGAACCACUUGGCCCUGCUGUUAUCACUCUUUUCCUCGAUGAAAGUCCACUGCCUACAAGGGAAACAAUAACGCGCUUACUUACACGUCAUAUGCACUUAGAAUUAUCACAUUUAUCAAAUCAUAAAGAUCAAUCUUCUCGCCAUCGCAAUAUAUGUAUUGUACUUGGGUCUCUUGCUGAAAAGUUAGCUGGACCAAGCUGCAUACAGAUUUGUACAAACACUACCCUUAAUUACCUUAUCUAUAAUCUUGAACCUACGGGCGACCCACAAAUCAUUCUUUUUUCAAUGAUUGCUCUGGAAAAAUUCGCUCAAACGAGCGAAAAUAGAUUAACAAUAUGUCGGCGAUUGGAACAGAUGGAACGGAAUCCAUUACUAGUCCUAGAAUCAUGGCUGGACGAUCCAAGGAUUGAGAAUGAUUGGCUGAAACAGCAAGUUGCAUUUUGUGCUCAGUGGACAUUGGACAAUGUCUUUGUGAUCGAGAACCGUAUUCCCUCAUAUAUGAUUAUGAAUGUUGAUGACAUCAAUGCUAUGUUAAAUCAUAAGGAUGUCAGUGAAUAUCUGAAAAUUGGUCCUAACGGCUUAGAGGCACGAUGUGAUGUUUCAUCAUUUGAAUCAGUUCGGUGUACUUUUGAAGCUACACAUGGGAUUUGGUUUUAUGAAGCAUUAAUUCUAACUCCCGGUGUUAUGCAAAUUGGCUUUGCUACGAAGCAGAGUCGUUUUUCAAAUCACGAAGGUUACGGAAUUGGUGACGAUGAUUGUUCAAUAGCAUACGAUGGUUGUCGACAACUAAUCUGGUAUAAUGCAGAUUUCAUGAAAAUCGAGCAUGAUCACUGGAAAGCUGGUGACGUUCUUGGUUGCUUACUGAAUCUGCAGGAUGGCUACGUGCAGUUUUAUCUUAAUGGUUUAUCGCUUCGUCAACCGCAUCGUGCCUUUCUCGACAGGCGGAAUAAAAGUUCGGGAUUUUUUGCAGCCGCCUCGUUUAUGAGCUUUCAACAGUGUCGUUUCAAUUUUGGUUUGGAGCCGUUCAAGUUUCCUCCAGAUAUAUCAUUUAAAACUUUCAAUGAUAACGGCACUCUCUUCUCGGAGCAAAAAACUAUCGUCCCACGGCAACGAAGAAUUGAACUCCUGACACAAAUAUCUAUAGCAGAUGAUGCAUGCACUUUAUGUUAUGCGAAUUCGAUUGACACUGUUUUAAGGCCAUGCCAACAUGGCGGAAUUUGUUACUCUUGCUCCGGACAGAUUGAACUUUGCCCACUAUGCCGUGAAAUAAUCACAGAACGUGUAAGGAUUUCUAAACAAACCUUAACAAUGAAGCAUAGUGGAAUAACGCCAGAUAAUGCAGGUGCUAGCAAUGUAUCGAUUGUAUGA